AUGAUGGCCAGUUCACAGGUUAAGACACCGUUGUAUGUGGUGUUUGCGAUGCUCCUGAUAGUCGCCACAGUGCACCUGUGCCACGCGGAAGCCGAAUUCGAGUCAGGAGCGCGCGUCAGUAAGCGAGGCCCCACCGUCGGUCUGUUUGCUUUUCCACGUGUCGGUCGUAGUGAUCCGGAGAUGAGCCUGGACUGGGAAUCUUCGGCCAUGAUGCCACUCGAUGCAGCGGAUGACUAUGAUGACUAUCAGAUGAAGGAAGUGAAGCGCCAAGGUUUGGUUCCAUUCCCACGAGUGGGCCGCUCGGGUAAGUCAGACCUGGCAGUGGCCGCAGCCCGUUACUGGCAAGCAGCUCGCUCUCUCCAGCAACAGCAACAGCAGCAGAUGUUAACACCUCAGGGAGUCGUGAAGCGUGCAGGCGGAUCUGGGGCCAACAGUGGUAUGUGGUUUGGGCCACGGUUGGGAAAACGAAGCCGUUUUGGUGUAGGACCGACUGGUGGCAGUGGCGAGCAGCUGGUGAAAGGUGAACAGUUGUAA